AUGGCGGCCUCGUGCCCUCCCUCAGACCCCAGCCCGGGUGUUUCCUUCCUGCAGGGAUCCCGCCUGCAGCUGGGGGCUGGCCGCGGAGUCCCCGAGGAGGCCCGUCGGCCGUUUUCUCACGUUCAGUUCCCCCCUUUCUGGGGGGUUCACAGGCCGGCGCCGGCCGCGCAGCCCCGCAGCGGGGAUGUGCUGAACCAGAGGCUGGCUGCGGGCAGGGAGCUCUGCUCCGAGACGCUCCUGGCCUUUCCAGAGUGGCCCCUGGAGCUGGUCGCCCCCAUUGUGCCCCCAGCAUUGUGCAUCCGGAUGCACGCGGACCCCCGCGUCCGGGUCCUCAUCUCAGCAACAAGAGAGAGCUACCCCUGUCCUGAUGCCCCCCCCCAGAGAGCUGCUCUUCCCAAAGGCCAGGAGUGGAGCGAUAACGUUCUUUGUGGAGACAGAGAGAAAAUAAGGCUCCCUCCAUCCGUCUACACCUUCUCAUAUUCAGCACACGAGAUCCAGCCUGUUGCCAGGGCAAGUCGUGUGAGUACGAAAUCAAUGUUCACUGUUCCAGACAAGAGGAAGUACAGGAUCUAUGACAAGGAGAGUGCUGUCUUCCAGAUCCGCCACACAAACCUGCAGCUAGGUGGUUGCACCAGAUUUUCCACGUCAACAUCAGAGCUCUUCCCAGUACACGAUCUAGAGCCUGUAGCUAUUGCUCGUCCAAACAAAAAUGCCUCAUCCAUCCCCAGAGGCGACGAAGACCCUGAGAGAAAUCGUGCGCUAGCAAGAAUGACUACGACGCAGUUCUUCUACCCAGAGACUGGCAGGUGGAACUUCUCACCGAAGCCUGACUUGCUAAUGCAGAAACAUCAAAGCAGCAUCUGCUUAGGAGAUGACCGUUCAGGCUCCUGUUACUUCAGCACAACGCAGCAGUCAGACUAUCAGCCACCACGCCAGACCCAGAGGGUGACAGGAGACAGCAAGAAUCAACGUCACAGCCACAUCCCCUUCAACUACCACAAUGAAAGUCCUGUCACAGCCACGCAGGCCAUGCUGGUCCCACACCGACAGCAGAAACAGCAACUAUCUGAAGACAUGCUACAGCAGAUGAAAUGCUCGCCCUUGGUGCUACCCUGGAGGGCGCAGGACCUCUUCAGCACAGAGCAGAAGGAUGCGUUCACACCUAAGUCCAGAGGCCCAGCAGAAAUCCAGCAGACGGAAGACUCCCAAGUGAGCCGCGUCCCACUGGGGACCCUGAAAGGAUACUGCCCCUGGAGGAAGAUUUUGAUGCAAUUUCAGACACAGAAAGCGAAGCUGACUUUUGGGAUAAGGGUCUUGGCUUUCUAA